AUGGCUUCUGUUGUACCAGCAAGCUCCUCAACAAAAGAAACAACCAAUUAUGCCAGGUUAUGCCGUGUUCUUGUCGAUGUGGGCACUUGUGCCCUCAGGGAUUGCUUUGAUUCCAUCUGCGCACCACCAACUCUUCACACGGUCUUGGCAGCCAAUCAAGCCACCUUGCAAAAUUUGAGAACACGGAGGAUUAUCAAUGCAAUACAAUGGGGAAAACUCUUUCCAGCCAUUCCUUCUUCAGUCUCAUCAAAGAAUUUUGACAUCACUCUGCUGACAACUUUGUUACGCAAUAUAUGCGGUCUUGUUCCCCCAGUGACUGGAUGGGACAUGCUCCCUGCUUCCACAGACAUCAGCCGAGAGGCAGACAUCGCAAGAAUCAAACACCUGAGAAAUACAGUUUACGCUCACGCCGAAAGCGCUUCUGUUGAUGCUGCAACGUUUAACAAACUCUGGAAGGAAAUCCGGAACACUCUAGAACGACUAGGAGGACUUAAAUUUAAGGUAAAAUAGACUUGAAAUGUUCAGUAUGACAUGUUGAGUUGAUAUCUUUAGUUAUCUUAUUUCCAUUCUAUGGAAUUCUAACUAAUGUGGCUCACCAAUGCAGUGAUAAAGUGUAAUCAUGUCCCAUUUAAGGUCGCUAUUGACAACUUGGAAGUUUGCUGCAUGGAUCCCGAUAUGGAAGUCCAUUACAAAGAACUCCUUCUUCAGUGGAAAAAUGAUGAAGACAACAUAAAAGAUGAACUGAAAGACAUUGGCGUAGACAUAAAAGUAAUUGGCACCGACAUAAAAGAAAUUAGCACUGACAUAAAAACCCUCACAAGGAAGUUUGAAGACUUGGUCGCAUCAAAUGAAUCUUCCGCCAGGGAAACAGGUGAUGUGAAAAUACCAAAAUAUUAGUUGACUGAAAAUCUCCCCUGUGCCCGUUAUAGACUAUACUCACUGGCAGCAAAAAUCACUCCAAUUUUUAUGGUCAAGUUGUGGAUUUUAAUUCUGUGAGAAACUUCGGACAAAAAGUUAUUUUGUGUAUGUUUUCUUUGUUCUGUAUGCAAGCAUUUUUGUUGUUGAAAAUACAAUGGCUAAACCAUUAUGUAUUGAUUAAGAGCCUAAUCAGUCUGAAUUGUGAAAAACUACCCCGGCCUAAAAUAUAAGAACCUGUUCAGCUUGACCUCGAAAAAUCUAGGUUCUUAUAUGCAUGUUAUUAACUUGAGCUUGGUUUUCUUUUUCAUAAGGUAAGGGCCUAGAACUGAUGGGAAAACUGGAUACCUCUUCGGUGUGCAGAGAGAAAUUUCAUGAGAAUGAACUUUUGUCGUCUUUCUGUACACAGUGCAAAGUGUGCAUUUGCGACAAAUGCAAACAAACCCGUCACAAUCAACACAACACAGUUUCUAUCCAUCAAGCCGCAGAACAACACAAAGUUGAUAUCGAAGAGAUUGUACAAGAAAUGAAAAGAGAAAUUGCCGUUUACAAAGAGCAGAUGAAAAGAAUAGAUGAAUCCUUGAGAAGAGGCAGACAGAGGAUUGCUGCAGCACGCAAUGAAGCAAUGACGUCUGUUGAGGAACUGAUGCGACUUUUACAGGAACAUGAAAAGGCUGUGCUAACCAGUUUAGAUGUAAUUGAGGGGAAGGCACAAAGAGAGCAUGCAACGCAACGAGAACAUUUUCAAAUUUCUAUGAAUCAGUUACAAACACAUGUCGAUUGUUGCAACGAUAUUUUACAGAGAAAGAAAAGUGUUGAAAUUUUGCAAGCACAUGCUGUAAUUGGCCAGUGCCGAGGUGUUCUAAAUGAGGAGAAAAAGAACAUUUAUAAACCAUCGCAUGUCAGAUACGAGAUAAAUAAAGAGCUUGUGAAAGAUGUGAGAGGCGCAGUUUCGUCGAUGGGUCAAGUUGUUGUUAGCAGCACAGAUCCUUUUCAGUCGCUGGCUGAAGGAAGGGGCUUAAAGGUAGGAGAAGUUGGACGCGAAGCAAAAAUUACGCUGACGACCAAAGAUUGUGAUGGAAACCAAUGCUACGAUGAAAACGAUCGAAUAGAUGUGACAGUUCAGACUCCUUCAAGCAAAGGACUUAGCUACAUGAUUGAACCGGGCAAAAACGGUGAAUAUAGCGUCAGUUAUACCCCUGAUUGUGUUGGAAAACAUGANUUUUCUUUUUCAUAAGGUAAGGGCCUAGAACUGAUGGGAAAACUGGAUACCUCUUCGGUGUGCAGAGAGAAAUUUCAUGAGAAUGAACUUUUGUCGUCUUUCUGUACACAGUGCAAAGUGUGCAUUUGCGACAAAUGCAAACAAACCCGUCACAAUCAACACAACACAGUUUCUAUCCAUCAAGCCGCAGAACAACACAAAGUUGAUAUCGAAGAGAUUGUACAAGAAAUGAAAAGAGAAAUUGCCGUUUACAAAGAGCAGAUGAAAAGAAUAGAUGAAUCCUUGAGAAGAGGCAGACAGAGGAUUGCUGCAGCACGCAAUGAAGCAAUGACGUCUGUUGAGGAACUGAUGCGACUUUUACAGGAACAUGAAAAGGCUGUGCUAACCAGUUUAGAUGUAAUUGAGGGGAAGGCACAAAGAGAGCAUGCAACGCAACGAGAACAUUUUCAAAUUUCUAUGAAUCAGUUACAAACACAUGUCGAUUGUUGCAACGAUAUUUUACAGAGAAAGAAAAGUGUUGAAAUUUUGCAAGCACAUGCUGUAAUUGGCCAGUGCCGAGGUGUUCUAAAUGAGGAGAAAAAGAACAUUUAUAAACCAUCGCAUGUCAGAUACGAGAUAAAUAAAGAGCUUGUGAAAGAUGUGAGAGGCGCAGUUUCGUCGAUGGGUCAAGUUGUUGUUAGCAGCACAGAUCCUUUUCAGUCGCUGGCUGAAGGAAGGGGCUUAAAGGUAGGAGAAGUUGGACGCGAAGCAAAAAUUACGCUGACGACCAAAGAUUGUGAUGGAAACCAAUGCUACGAUGAAAACGAUCGAAUAGAUGUGACAGUUCAGACUCCUUCAAGCAAAGGACUUAGCUACAUGAUUGAACCGGGCAAAAACGGUGAAUAUAGCGUCAGUUAUACCCCUGAUUGUGUUGGAAAACAUGAAGUGCUGAUUGCUGUUAACGAAGAGCCACUGAAUGGUAGUCCUUGGAGCGUUUAUGUAACACGUUGCUACAAAUAUUCAUUUUCGAUUGGUUUACAUGCAAGAGGUCAAGGACAAUUUUUCCGGCCAAUUAGUAUUGCAAUAGAUAAUAAAUCUGGAAAUGUUGCAGUUGCUGAUGAAAAUAGAGUCCAGAUUUAUAGUUUAGAAGGCACGUACCUCAGAGAUGUUGCUAAAAACGGAUUAAUUACACCCACAUCGGUAGCAUUCACCAAGUCGAGUGAACUCAUAGUUGUUUCUUCAUCAAACUUGAUCUUUUGUUUUGAUCAGAGUUACAGAUUUGUGAAAACUAUAGCUAUAACCAACAAAGAGCUCAAUGCACCACGCCGCUUGACUAUUGCAGGUGAUGGACGCCUGGUGGUGUGUGAUUGGGGUGACCAUACAGUCAAGGUACUGUCCGCUGAUGGUUCACAGCUAUUGCUUACCAUUCGUGAAUCUGCCAAUUCACUUCCAAGGCAUGCUAUUAGUCAUCAGAAGAUGAUUUUUGUUUCCUGUUACCUGGCAGGUGUUGUUAAGGUAUUUAGCGAGAAGGACGGUGUGUUUCUGUACAGUAUAGGUAUUUCCAACCUGAGUACUCCUGUUGGUCUUGAAGUUGACAGGUUUGAUAACCUGGUGGUAUGUGAUUGUGAUAACGCAAGACUGCAGAUAUUUACUCUUGACGGAAAAUUUCUAAACACAGUAGAAGGACAACACAAUGGGCUUAGUGAGCCUUACUCUAUCGCCGUGUCGAGCGCUUCUCAGUUGUUUGUCACUGAUUAUAGCAAACACUGUGUGCACGUUUUUCAGUGA